ACAAUGAUUGGCCUCGGUUUUUAAUAUCUUAUCCCCGAGGACUUUGGCUUUAAGUCCUGGAGUUUCACCCCCUCAAGACGUUCUUUUACAUCCAUGAUAUUCCCGGGCACUCCACUCUAGUUGAGCUUGCUGCCCAUAUAAGGUACCUAGAAUCUAUCCCAAAUCAAAUUGAGAUAUAGGAAAUCAGAUGUCUGCGAUCUUCAAAAAGGCUAACACGGCCGUUAUUACCGGCGGCGCGUCGGGAAUCGGCCUUGCGCUGGCACAAAAGUGUGUCGGCUAUGGCAUGAGAGUCCUCGUUGCGGAUUGGGACGCCGAGACUCUUGGUAAAGUUGGCGAGACACUCGGGAGCGCUGCGAGUACCAUCCGUAUGGACGUGAGUAAACUGGAGGACUGGAGCGGGCUUAAGGAUAGGGUUACGAAGGAGUUUGGAGGCCAGAUCAACCUCCUAGCACUCAAUGCCGGGGUCGGCGGCAAAACGGCCUUUGAGGGCGAGGGAGCGGAUCCGGCGGCGUUCCAGAGGAUUCUCAAUGUCAAUUUCUUCGGCGUUGUUAACGGUACCUUGACUCUGCUACCGCUUGUCAAGGAGAAAGCCACCGCCUCCUCUGACUACAAGGCUGCAAUUGUUAUCACGGGCUCUAAGCAGGGCAUCACAAACCCACCCGGAAGCCCGGCGUACAACGCGAGCAAAGCCGCCGUCAAGUCCCUAGCCGAGCAACUGAGCUUCGACCUGCGGGCGCAAUCUAACAUAAGUACGCACCUACUAGUCCCCGGGUGGACUUGGACGGCACUAGCAGGCGCGGCGCCCGGACGAGAGAAGCCGGAUUCCCCCUGGACGCCAGCACAGGUGGCGGAUUACUUGGAGAAGAAGAUGGGAGAGGGCAAGUUCUGGGUUCUAUGUCCGGAUAACGACGUCGACGAGGAGACGGACAGGCGACGGAUGUUGUGGACGGCGGAUGAUGCGGUGAAGGGACGGCCGCCGCUGAGCCGUUGGCGGGAUGAGUAUAAGGAUGAGUUUGCGGAGUGGAUGGCGAGGAAAUGAAGGGCUAGCAAGCACUAGUUUGCUUAAAGGGUUUGAAUUACCUAUAGGGGUAGGGAUCAUAUACUACAUAUGAAUGAUGCUACUAUACUGGAAUUCGUAGUUAGGAGAGUGGCUGCCAAGGGGAAUUAUGUCCCUAGGGCCUACAGCGAAGGAUGUCAUAUCAUCGAACUUCAUAAUGUGUCA